AUGUAUACUUGGGCGUCGCGGAGGGAAGAGGAAGAGAAGAGGUUGCAUCGAAAUUGCGGAUAGAAAGAACGGACCCGUCGUUGCCGCAAGCCCGACAAGGAAGGCGAAAGGAAUAACGAGACCGAGCGCGGUGCCAAUAUGCUGGAAGUACCACGGAAGGUUUACUCUAGGGACGUGCACGGCGUGGAGUACAAUCAUUGGAGCUAUGACUUAACGGGUUGUGGCACGAAAAGAAACAUGAAUAUCGAAGACGAGGAUAGUCAAGACUUAAACAAUCCCAUGGUCAACGACUUGGUAUCAAAGAUUCUCGAUGAAGAUUCUAUUACCAUUGACACCUGUCACAAUAAUUACAACAGCGGAAGUACUCAUUAUCAGACGGACUACGCCAAUUCUUGCUCCAAUCAGGUCGCUGACGGUUUGGACUACCUGACUGAUGUCGAUCACUUGGUCACUCGUUAUCCGCUGUCCAGCAAAUUACACAACAUUCACAACAACGUCAAGAGCGAGUACCGUCAUUCCAACAAUCUCUGCAACGACCUGAAAACACUGAAUCUCAGUACCUGCGUGCGACAGUCCGUGGAGCAGAGCAAUGCGUGCAGCAACGAUAUCAUGCCGAGCGCAUAUUCGUCUGACCCACGAUCGGUGCACGUUGUACACUCCAACGACGGUGGCAUGUACACGAGUGGGAGCAGCAUGCCGUUGUGCAAUGAUCUGUUAACGACUACGAGUGGAGUAAAUUACAGUAAACAGUCGAGCAACUGGACGGAACCCCUCCAGUUGACUCCAUCGAUGGGAUGCCGAGCUGAACUGACCGGGAACUACUCACGAAUCUCAAAUUGCGCUAAACCGGAUCUUAAUUUUAACGUCACCGCGUUAACCCUGGCUCUAGAUUCACCGAACUCGGUUCCCAUCAGCGAGUACGAGUAUCACAACAGCGUGAGGCAGAACGCAUCAUCGAAUUCUUACAGUAAUUCUAUGGUCAACAUGCACGACAUGUACGGCGUUACCGGUAACCCUAGUCAGGGUCCCGGCUACAGGCCCAACUCAGCGAUGACCGAUCUGAGCGUUGAUUCCGGCUUCUUGUCGAACUCACCGUUACAACAUUUCUCACCCGCCGAUACGGCUUUGCACACCUGUUUCGGAAGUGGUAUGCAACGCAACGGCAUCGGCGACUUCAAGGAUGUUCAUGAUACCGCUAGAUUAAAUAUGACGAGUAUCAACAUACCUAACGAGCAGAUUCAGUUCUUGCAGCAGUCGCAAGCACGUAGCUACAAACUGGAUCAAGCAGUGGACCAAGAUUACAAAAACUUAAUCGAUUAUUAUCCUCCCGGUACAAACAGCUUCGUCACAUCCUCGGCGAGUAACUUAGACACGAACGAGAACGUUUGUUUCCCUAGUGACUGUAGAAUCGAUAAUAGCCUGUUAAAGAUGAUCAAUCCAAAAUCAAAGUCCAUUGAAACCAAGACGUAUUCACCCAUAGGUUUUCCAAAAAAUCUGAGUUCGCGCAACUUGUAUCAGCCUAUUGCUAAAUACGGCUGUCACAAUUAUCAACAGUACACUGCCAACAGUGGCGACACUUUGAAGAUAAUGCAGCAAAAUUCCACGUUUUAUCACAACGAUUUAAAGCAGCCUAAAGUCAACGCGUACAAAUUGGACGGAUUUGACUUGACUAAAGAGAUCGCGUACCCCUCAGGAAGUCACUUGACCGACCGUGUCACUGGAUCCACCCUGGACAAGGAUGCCUUUAAUCAUAUUUUGAAACAACGACACCAUAUAUCGAAAAUGCAGAGCAUUCCAGCUGGGAUUCCGCCUCCUGAUAUCAUUUUUAACUCGGGGAUGAUGUCGAGCACAAAUACCGUGAGAUCGGGAGCGUUUCCAUCGGUGAUGCCAGUUCCUGUUCCUGUACCGGUUCAUCCUGUGCCACGACUGUUCUCCGCUCUUUACGGGGGAAACUUGAGCUUUAGAAAUGGCAGCGGUGCGGCCAGGAAGACAGGACCCUCAAGUAUAUUGCAUUUUAAUCUUGAACAAACAUACGAACAAUUCAAGCAGUUGGAAAAGGAGCGUAAGAAAUGCGAAGCUGGAUUGGCCGCACAUUUCCCAGGGAAACGAGUAACCAGCGCGAAUAACAUACCCAUCCCACGUCUUCAGGGAAAUCCGUCGAGGGUGGAUCGUUUAAUAAUCGAUUACUUGAGGGAACACGCUCGUGUCAUUACCUUAAUAGCAAAGAUGGAACGCUUACGCGGGACCACGAUGAAUCAACGCGUGCACAAAGCCAUGGAAUAUUGGCUGGAAGCUAUCAAAUACGUUCAAGAGUGCCGCAAGCAAGAGAUCACAAAUGCUAUCAAACGUCAGAAAGAGAAUCCACAUUGCAUUUUAGCGUAUGACGACAAUGAUAUUCUGACUUUGGCUGGAAGCGUUCACGAAUUGACGAAGGCAUCGCGUUACGCGCGGACCGGUAUGUAUAACGCUCUUCAAGCCACACUACUUUAUGACUUGGACAUAGAGAAGAAAGUCGUCGCGACUUCUAAGGAUCCAGUCUUAGAGGCAAAAAUCGAUGGCGAAAGACAAACGAAAGACGGAACCAACGAUUACACAAGCAAUACCUAGCAAACUUGCGCUGAAUCCACUUGGUAUCGCUCAUCUUAAAGUACGAGAGAGUCCAGCAGCUUUUUACUUACGUACUACGUAUUACGUUUUUGAAAAGCUUUUGCUGGUGUUUACGAUUAAUUUUACUGUUGAAACAAAAUGCCGCCCAUUAAAUUCAAAACUUUCACUCGCGAUUCACACGAGGUAAAUACACACGAAUGAACUAAAAGCGUUGAAACAGACAUUUGGAAACGCGUGCGACUUUUUACAGGUUAUUAAUAACUCCAUAGUUUUCUACCAUACGUAUUUUAAUGCUUACGACAGUGUGUAAUCGACUUAGCUUUUCGAGAACACCGAUUUAGAUACGAGAGAGUUUCGCUGAACUGCCUAUCCUUUAUCGGUUUAUCUCUGUCGCGUGUCAAACAAAACAAAAAUAUAUAUAUAUCGCUUUUUCCUCGACGCCAAAUGGAAAUAAACCGAGAGCAGUGUCGAUCGUGUUUGAACCGGUGAGCAGCUGCUAGCUUUGAAAUCGUUGACGACUCGUAACUCGCAACAAGAACGAGAUUGCUCAGAUGUAUUACAUCCUUUAGAGAUAUGAUAGAAGAAGUCGUUCUUUGUACAAUUACUCGUUUAUAUAUACGUAUCCUAAGUUAAACGAGAUAUAGAUAGGCAGAGAACGCCGAUGUACUCGUUCAAAAAUGUUCGGCAGUAACUCGUUAGAUUAGCUCAAUGUGGCCUUCCUUGAAUGUGACCCAUAAUGUGGUAGUAGAUGUUCCAGGAUUUGAAUAUUUCUCGCGAAGUGUAAGUGCGAUAUUUAAUCGCAUGCAACACGAGCUUAUAUAUA